GUGAUGUCAUGCUCUGAUAGUGUCUGGUGCUGAUGCUGCUGCAGCUUCAGUCUGAGCAGAGACAGAUCCACGGCUGCAGGAGCAGACUCUACCUCACCACAGUGUCUUCAUCACCCGUGGACGGCAGCGCUACAAUGACUCUGACAGCGUACACACAGAAGGUGCGGGAGCUCCCCCUGGUGUCUCUGUUCUGCUCCUGCAUCCUCCGUCAGCAUCAGGACCACGACCACGACGACGACAACAAGGAAGGUGUGGUCGACCUGAACCUGUGUAGCAUCCGUGACAUGGAGGUGAUUGAGCUGAGUAAGAGGGCAAGCGGUCAGGCCUUUGAGGUCAUCCUGAAGCCGCCAACCUUCGACGGCGCCCCUGAGCUGAAGGCGACCACCCCCCCCCGGCAGAAACCAUCCCUGGAGGAGAUCCAGAAGAAACUGGACGCCGCCCACGAGAGGAGGAAGUGUCAGGAGGCGGAGCUACUGAAACACCUGGCUGAGAGGAGGGAACAUGAACGCGAAGUCGCCCAGAAAGCUUUGACCAAAGAGCGUCAGGAGCAGCGGCAGAUGCACCUGAACGCCUCACAGGAGUGGAUGCACCUGAACGCCUCACAGGGGCGGAUGCACCUGAACACCUCGCAGGAGCGGAUGCACCUGAACACCUCACAGGAGGAGGACAAGACCAGCAUGGAGGUGUCCUGAUGGCCUGAUCACAACACAAGCUGAACUUUCUUUGGAAGCCAUUUUGGAGGCUGAGCUGAGAGCCAGUUCUGCUCAGACUGGGUCGAGGCCUGGAAGAGGUGGAGCCGUGGAUGUCCUCCACCGGGACUCUGAAUGAGAUGGACUCUAUGGAGGACCAGCUCUGUACCUGAAGGACUCAUCAUCCAAUGGGGAACAGGGGUUUACUGUGCUUUGUUGCCAUGCCAACAGUGCCAACGUGUCCAUGUAUGUGUGUGUGAAGAUGCUGAGGACUGAGAUCAGAACCACCAAAGACAUGUCACACCAUCAUCCUGGAGGAAAACCACCAUCUGGACUUCCAGAUCCAAAUCCAGAUCCAGGUCCAGGUUCAGAUCCAGA